AUGACGGACUUUUUUGCCAAGGAACAAGCGGCGUACCCGGACAUUGCACCACGCUAUCAGCAGCUGCAGGAUCUCCAUGCGCGCAAACUCUACCAUGAGCUUACGGGCGAGCUCGAGGCGUUUGUGCGCGACCCGAUGACGCACAAGUACCCGCUGAAUUUAGUGAAUCUGUAUCAGGAGUUCAUUCGCACGUUCCAGGACAAACUGAACCAGAUUCGGCUCGUGAGUAUCUGCAGUGAGAUCAGUACCCAAUUUGCAGACCCUGCCAAGGCGCAAGCAUUCAUGGAGCAGCUGCUCGGUCACUUGAGCAACAAGACUGCACAUGAAGCAGUGCUGCUCUGUACGAUGCAGAUUGCGCUGCUCAAGUUCCGUCGUGGCUUGGACUUUCUUGCCGAAGUAAAGACCACAAUUGAUGAGAACAAGCCCGUGAUUGAAAGUCUCGUGGGUGCGGAACCCGUCGUACACGCCGCCUACUACCGUGUAGCGUGCGACUACUAUAGCGCACUGGGUCCUGCUGACAAAUUCUACAAGAACGCGCUCAUGUUUUUGGCGUACACGCAGUACGACGACAUGCGUCCUGAAGAACGUUUUGAUCUAGCUGUGAACAUUAGCAUUGCUGCGCUCACUGGCGAUGGCGUGUUUAACUUUGGUGAAGUGUUGGCAACCCCGAUCCUUGGUGCUCUGGAAAACACCGAUAAACAGUGGCUCUCGGACCUCUUGCACGCAUUCAAUAAGGGUGACAUUGAUCGGUUCAACGAAAUCGUGGGGCAGAACAGCAAGGAGUUUAACGCUCAGCCAGCGCUUGUGACCAAGCAAGAGUAUGUGAAGGAGAAGGUCGCCCUAUUGGCAUUAAUGGUGCUGGUGUUCCAGCGCCCGUCACACGAGCGCAACAUUUCAUUCCGGGAGAUUGCGGAAGCGACGCGCUUGCCACAGGAUCAAGUGGAAUGGGUUGUCAUGCGUGCCUUGUCGUGCAAGCUGAUCAAGGGCUCGAUUGACCAGGUGGACGGCAUCGUGCGGGUGACGUGGGUGCAGCCGCGCGUGCUGGAUAAUUCGCAGCUUCAGGAGCUGGUGGCGCGUCUGGACGGCUGGGAGAAGAAGGUGAACUCGACUUUGCUGUACGUGGAGGAGCAGACCCCGGAACUCUUUCAGUAG